AUAUAGUGUAUCAUACAAGUGACAUGUGAUAUAAUUUAAAGGAAUUGGAUUUGAGCAAUGGACAGCUGCAAAACAUCGGUGACAAUGAUUUCGAAUCACAAGUUGAAGGACUAGAACGAUUACUUUUGCAAGGCAACCAAUUAACAACACUGCCGAGAAGAGGACUAGAAAAAAUAAAAAACUUGAAAGAAUUAGAUCUAUCAAACAACCACUGGUUAUGUGACGAUAAUAUGGAAGAAGGAAAGCUGUUUGUGGAGGAGAUUGAAUUGAAAUACAAAGAAGCAAUUUUGCUAGAUCGCGAAUUCAAUUUAUUACAUCUUAACCAAACAACUUGCGAACGUCCUUACAGUUUAAAAGGACAGAUUAUUACGAAUAUAGCUAAAGGUGUAUUCAAGAAGUAUAAUGAUAGUGAAGAUCCUGUCUCCUUAUCCACCCCGACAGCAGAUAAUGGAAUACAACUUGAUGACAUUAAUGCCAGCGUUAUCACUGAACUGCUAUCAAAAGGUGGCUUAAUCGGCAAUGAUAAUGCAGAAUCGGAACACCAUCUAUAUAAGAGCACAUCAUUCCGUCCUUUGUACAAUGUGAAUAUGGAAACAGAAAUAGUUAACGAUUCGAGCAAAAGUAAUACCACUCCACUUAUCGUUACUAUAGUGAUGCUCAUGCUCAUUUCUCUAGCUACUACCGCUGCUGUUAUCAGGCAUUUACAUUUGAAAAUAUCCAAAUAUCAUAUUUGUAAUUCUUACAUUCGACACACUCAACUAAAUGCUUACAAAGUCAACUUACCACACUUUAAUCACGUUAGCUUCUAUGAAAAGCUUGCAUUAAUCAAUAGUGCAGAACGUUUGCAGAGGCGAAAAAAGGAUAGUGCAAAUAAACAAAAUAAUUUUGAAAUGGAUGAACAAAGGUAA